AUGCCUCCUGAAUUUGACGUAAUUGUAGUGGGUGCUGGGUUUGCAGGAAUUCGCAUGCUGUAUCUGUUGAGAGAAAACGGAUUCAAUGUACGAGGGAUUGAGCGUUACAACGGCCUCGGUGGGGUCUGGUAUGCCAAUCGCUACCCUGGCGCGCAAUGUGAUUCCCCCCAGCCCUUUUAUCAAAUCCAUGACGAGGAAUUAGCUGGCGGUUGGACAUUUUCACAAAUUUUCGCAGACCAUGUGGAAAUGCGUGAUUAUUUUCGAUACGUCGAUUCUCGAUGGAAUGUGAGCAAGGACAUUGACUUUGGUACCACCGUUGUGCAAGCGUCGUUCGACGAAGAUUCCUUUUGGUCGGUUUCUCUGUCUGAUGGAAGGCGCUUGACCGCGCGAUGGUUUGUUCCAGCAGUUGGGUUUGCUUCCACACCAUCUCUGCCAGCAAUCAGAGAUAUCGAUCGGUUUGGAGGGGAGCUGUAUCACACUGGACACUGGCCACUUUCGGGGGUUUCUUUGAAGAGUAAGCGGGUCGCUGUUAUUGGCAACGGUGCUUCGGGAGCCCAGGUGGUUCCUAGCAUUGCGCCCGAAGUGAAGAGCUUGACAGUCUAUCAAAGAACGCCUGUCGUGAUUAUCCCAGCCACACCCAAAUCUGACAAAUAUUCCAAUCCACAUGCCGGAUGCCUGACACCAGAGGGGAUUCGAGCAGCUUUCAAACGAUCUCCAAAAUUAUACUCCGGCAUUGACUAUUCUUUUCAGAAUCCUGAGUCGGUGGCCAUAGGGUCUCCGCUGCGUGAUGUCUUGAACAAGCAGUUAUACAAGGAGGGAAGUCUGGGCCUCAUAUUGGGCAACUUCUCGGACGUCUUGACAAACAGAGAGGCCAAUGAUGAGCUUUAUAUGUUCUGGUCAAAGCUGACGCGAGCGAAGAUAAGGGACCCAAUCAAACAAGACAUACUUGUCCCUCAGAUACUUCCCUAUCCAAUUGGAGUCAAAAGACCUUCCUUUGUGGACAAGUAUUACGAAUCAUUCAACACUUCCAACGUGGAUGUCGUCGACGUCAGUAAAGAGGUGGCGAAAAUCACCAGAAAGGGCAUCCAGAGUGGCUCAACUGAGCGCGAGUUUGACGUCAUUAUCUGUGCAACUGGAUUUGAGCCUUUUGGUACCAGUAUAACAAGAUUGAACAUCACUGGCAAGCACGGCUUGAACUUGAAAGAUGUCUGGAAAACCCGCAUCAUUUCAUAUCUGGGGAUGACUGUCCCUGCAUUCCCUAAUAUGUUCUAUCUGGUUGGUCCACAAGGCCCAACAGUCAAAGUGAAUGUUCCUACGACGGUUGAAUGCCAGGCACAGUGGAUCUUGUCCAUCCUGAAGAGUCUCCGCGAGUCUCAUGCUGAGUACUGUGAGCCAACUCUAUCUGCAUCUCAAGGUUGGGUAGAGAAAUUGAAUCAGCAGUGGAAUAAUUCACUAUACGCAACGGCAAAUAAAUGUCGGGAAUCGGGCUUCCGCGGGUUUGUCGAGCGGCAGCCAAAGCCUUCCACGCGACUAUAG